AUGGAUCAGCAGUUGAGCAGUUCUGGAGGGUCUCUUAGUGUCAAAAAUGUAAAACUUUUAAGAGUAUUGUUUUUGUCUUUACUAGCACUGAGUGUUUUCACAUAUUUUGCUGUUUAUCAAGAUGAAGCUAAAACUCUUCCAGCUCUUGGAUUUUGGGAAAGCCACCACCAUGGGCACUCCUCCGCUCAGAAACGAGCCCAAGAUGAACAGCCAUUAUGGAAACCUGCGUUUCUAGGUGAAGUGAACAUGCAUGUUUUCGAGGACUGGUGUGGAGGUUCUGUGAGUCAGCUAAGAGCAAACGUGCUGUACCCUCUUUUCCCCCAUACCCGCACCACAAUCGGCCGGCUGGCUAUUAAUGCUGGAUGGAAAAACUAUGGUGUGCGAAUUUUUGGAUAUCUUCAUCCUGUAAAAACUGAUGAAUACAUUUUUGCUGUUGCCUCCGACAAUAACGCAGAAAUCUGGCUGAGUUCAGAUGACAGCCCUAAAGGAGUCAAACUUAUAGCCUACCUUGGCAAGACAGGAAAUGAAUGGGCAGCCCCAGGAGAGUAUGAGAAAUUUUCCUCUCAAACAUCACUACCUGUUUUACUAACGAAAGACAAGCGGUAUUUCUUUGAAGUACUCUACAAACAAAGUGAAGGAAUUGAUCACCUGGAGGUCGCAUGGCGUCUCAAUAAUGAAGAUAGUAGUUUUGAGGUCAUUACUGCAGAGUAUUUGUCCCUCUAUGUUGAUGAGUCCUCUCUACUGAUGACUGAAAAUGAUCACAUCCCGCAAACAAAAGCCAGUCAUCAGUCGCGCCUUGACUCUGCUUACAAGACAGUAAAGGAUGUGGACAUGGUCAAAGCAGACUCACGAGACUUUAUUUAUAGUAUACCCCUGCUGGAGGAAUCCAACUCGGAAAAUUUGUUUCCAGAAUGUGACUACUAUCCAAUUUAUAUAUUUGACAACGAGACCAUUGAGAGAUAUGAUGGUAUAAAUUAUGUUCACUACUCAGCAGUGUAUCCCAAUGAUCAUACAAGACUAACACAUGAACAGACUGAUGAUCAGAAGUGCUUUUAUGAAAAGGAUGAAGCUUACUUUAAAGAGGGUGGGUUUAGUCCCUUUCUAAAAAUUGAUAAGAAAGCAGACAACAAAAAGCCAGUGCCCAAAUCCUUAUCAAAUAGUGAGGAAAAAGAGCCAAAUUGGGAACAGGUCUUCCAUGUAAAUGCUUUGGAUUUUCAUUCAAAGCAGAGUGAUGCUGUUAUGGAGACCUGCAGAAAAGCUGGAAAUAUUAUAAUGCUCAAAAAAGAAGUCAUGCCUGUGGUUCAAGCCUUAAUAAAUCAGCUACACACAACAAAGGCUACAAGUGAUUUCCACAUAAAGCGUGUGCUAAAUGUGGAGAGGAAAUCAAAUGAAACUACAGGCACUCGAUACCUAAUGGAGCUGGAGCUGGAGGACACAGAAGGGAAACGCUUUCUGUUCUCUAAAUAUUUAUAUCUUACAAAGGAGAAAAAAAUAGAGAAGAAUCCAGGACUACCUAAACUCUGUAGCCCAAAAGGUUUUUCCUGGAAUCCAAAAGCAACAGUCCAUGUUGUUCUAGCAGUGAAAAACCAAGGGAGAUGGAUCAUGCAUUUUAUAAAGGAAAUGGAGAAAAUAUACAAAGCCACUGGAGACAAAAACUUUAACAUCAUUAUCAUAGACUAUAACAGCACCGAUAUUGAUGUAGAGAAGGAACUAAAAAAUGCUAUUUUACCAAGCUACCAGUUUAAAAGAUUGGGUGGAGCUUUUGGCAGAUCACCAGGACUACAAGAAGGAAUAGAUCUUGUUCAAGAUAAUAGCAGCAUUUUGUUCCUUUGUGACCUACACCUGAAUUUUCCUGUGACAAUAAUAGACACUAUACGGAAACACUGUGUGCAAGGAAAAAUGGCAUUUGCUCCUGUUGUAAUGAGACUGGAAUGUGGAGCCACAGUGCAGGCUCCUGCAGGUUUCUGGGAAACUUAUGGUUAUGGUCUUGUUGGCAUUUACAAAUCAGACAUUAUUCGAAUCGGAGGUAUGAACACACAAGAGUUUACAGACAAGUGGGGAGGGGAGGACUGGGAGUUGCUGGACAGAAUCUUACUGCACAAGUUAGAAGUGGAACGGCUCAACCUGAGGAAUUUCUUACACUUCUUCCACACAAGGCAUGGCAUGUGGAAUGAAGCUUAAACAGCAUGAAGUGAAGGAGCUGGAAGGACCCACAGCACUUUGUAUAGAGAUUUUAAGUGAUAUAAUUUGGUUAUUUUUCAAGUCACCAACAAAUUUUUUAAAAUCCAUAAACAAAUUGAAACAUAUUUGAACUAACCCUUAAACAAGAAAAUCAGCAUUUACAGAUUUUAGAUAUUUCCUAAACAAUGUUUUAAAAAUCCUUUUGACCAUUUUAAGCUCUGUAAAUAGUGGAUAUUAAAUAAAAACCAUGGUAGCUGGGAAUAUUACUAGGAAUAUUGGUUUUGCAAAUUCAGUGAUAAUAUUGUGAUAGCAAUAUGUCUUUAUUUGAAUGAAAAACAAUAACCCAGAAAAAAACUUUUGUCCUGCACCUUUUAUGUUCAUUCUUAUUUGUCCUAUUCAUUCUGUUCGUACUGAAUGUAUGCACUUACGUACUGUAUUUUUUACCGUAUUUAGGUUUAUACAGUAUAUUUUAAAAUAUGUAAGACUACAAUUGCUAUGGUCUAAAUCAAAAACAGAAUUAAGUGUUUUAUAAUAUAUUUUUUAUA